UUUUUCCCCCCCUCUCUCUCCCUCACGCUUCUUCCCCUCCCCCCCCCAGCUCCCUUUUUCCCCUUCAGUUUUCUGCCUUUCGCUUCAAAGCCGAAAGCCACCCCGCGGAGUCGUGAGUUCUGGCUCUGCUUGGGGCCCCCGAGCCGGUGCAUCUGGAAGCAGGAGGGUGUUGGGGGAACCCUCGUAGAGGAGAAAGCAUGUCGUCCCUACCUGGAUGCAUUAGUUUGGAUGCAACAGCUGCAGUGGGCUCUGAAGAGAUUGCAGAAUUGCAACAGGCAGUGGUUGAAGAGCUGGGUAUUUCUAUGGAGGAACUUCGGCAGUUCAUUGAUGAAGAGCUGGAAAAGAUGGACUGUAUCCAGCAACGCAAGAAGCAGCUAGCAGAGUUGGAGUCAUGGGUAAUACAGAAAGAGUCUGAGGUGGCUCAUGUCGACCAGCUCUUUGAUGAUGCAUCCAGGGCAGUGACUAACUGUGAGUCUUUGGUGAAGGACUUCUAUUCCAAGCUGGGACUGCAAUACCAUGACAGCAGCUCGGAAGAUGAAGCUUCCCGGCCUACAGAAAUCAUUGAGAUUCCUGACGAAGAUGAUGACGUCCUCAGUAUUGAUUCAGGUGAUGCUGGGAGCAGAACUCCAAAAGACCAGAAGCUCCGGGAAGCUAUGGCUGCCUUAAGAAAAUCAGCUCAAGAUGUGCAGAAGUUUAUGGACGCUGUCAACAAGAAGAGCAGUUCUCAGGAUAUGCAUAAAGGAACCUUGGGUGCAAUGUCUGGAGAACUGUGCAAGGACGGUGACCUGAUAGUGAGCAUGCGGAUUCUGGGCAAGAAGAGGACUAAGACAUGGCACAAGGGCACCCUUAUUGCUAUCCAGACAGUCGGUAUGUUGAAGAAAGAGGAAGGACUAGCAGAAGGUCUAGGAAAAAAAUACAAAGUGAAAUUUGACAACAAAGGCAAGAGUCUGCUGUCGGGGAAUCAUAUUGCCUAUGAUUACCACCCUCCUGCUGACAAGCUGUUUGUGGGCAGUCGAGUGGUGGCCAAAUACAAAGAUGGGAACCAGGUCUGGCUUUACGCUGGCAUUGUUGCUGAGACACCAAACAUCAAAAACAAGCUCAGGUUCCUGAUUUUCUUUGAUGAUGGAUAUGCUUCCUAUGUCACACAGUCAGAACUGUAUCCCGUUUGCCGCCCACUGAAAAAGACUUGGGAAGACAUAGAAGACGUCUCCUGCCGAGACUUCAUAGAGGAAUAUAUCACUGCUUACCCUAACCGCCCCAUGGUGCUGCUCAAGAGCGGCCAGCUGAUCAAGACUGAGUGGGAAGGCACCUGGUGGAAGUCCCGAGUUGAGGAGGUGGAUGGAAGCCUAGUCAAGAUCCUCUUCCUGGAUGACAAAAGAUGUGAGUGGAUCUACCGAGGCUCUACUCGGCUGGAACCCAUGUUCAGUAUGAAGACGUCCUCGGCCUCGACACUGGAGAAGAAGCAAGGAGGGCAGCUCAGGACCCGUCCAAAUAUGGGUGCUGUGAGGAGUAAAGGCCCUGUUGUCCAGUACACACAGGAUCUGACUAGUACCGGAACCCAGUUCAAGCCACUGGAGCCUCCACAGCCUUUAGCUUCAUCUGCCCCACCUCUGUCCCCUCAGGCAGGUGACAAUGACUUGGAAAGCCAGCUUGCUCAGUCACGGAAGCAGGUAGCCAAAAAGAGUACGUCAUUCCGGCCAGGAUCUGUGGGCUCAGGUCAUUCCUCUCCUACAUCUCCCACACUUGGUGAAAAUGCUCCUGGAGGGAAACCUGGGAUCAUCCAGACAUACAGAUCACCUUUGCCCACAACAACCAAUGCCCCAGCACCUGCAGCCCCUCCAGGCCCUCCAGCCCCUCCAGCCCCUCCGACCUUCCAUGGCAUGCUUGAGCGGGCCCCAGCUGAGCCCUCCUACCGCGCCCCCAUGGAGAAGCUUUUCUACCUACCUCAUGUCUGCAGCUUCACUUGUUUGUCUCGGGUCAGACCUAUGAGGAAUGAACAGUACCGAGGCAAGAACCCUCUGUUAGUCCCACUGCUGUAUGACUUCCGGAGAAUGACAGCCCGGCGCCGUGUUAACCGCAAGAUGGGUUUUCAUGUUAUAUAUAAGACUCCUUGUGGCCUCUGUCUUCGGACAAUGCAGGAGAUUGAACGCUACCUGUUUGAGACUGGUUGUGACUUCCUGUUUCUAGAGAUGUUUUGCUUGGAUCCAUAUGUUCUUGUAGACCGAAAGUUUCAGCCCUAUAAGCCUUUUUAUUAUAUUUUGGACAUCACCUAUGGCAAGGAAGAUGUUCCUCUGUCCUGUGUUAAUGAGAUUGAUACAACUCCUCCACCUCAGGUGGCCUACAGCAAGGAACGUAUCCCGGGCAAGGGCGUUUUCAUUAACACAGGCCCUGAAUUUCUUGUUGGCUGUGACUGCAAGGAUGGGUGUCGGGACAAGUCCAAGUGUGCCUGCCAUCAGCUAACCAUCCAGGCUACAGCCUGUACUCCCGGGGGCCAGGUCAACCCUAACUCUGGCUACCAGUACAAGAGGCUAGAAGAGUGUCUACCCACAGGGGUUUAUGAGUGUAACAAACGCUGCAAAUGUGACCCAAACAUGUGCACAAAUCGGUUGGUCCAGCAUGGACUGCAGGUUCGGCUACAGCUAUUUAAGACACAGAACAAAGGCUGGGGCAUUCGCUGCCUAGAUGACAUCGCCAAAGGCUCCUUCGUCUGCAUUUAUGCAGGCAAAAUCCUGACUGAUGACUUUGCAGACAAGGAAGGCCUGGAAAUGGGUGAUGAGUACUUUGCAAAUCUGGACCAUAUUGAGAGCGUGGAGAACUUCAAGGAAGGGUAUGAGAGUGAUGUCCCUAGUUCCUCUGACAGCAGUGGGGUAGACUUGAAGGACCAGGAAGAUGGCAACAGUGGCACAGAGGACCCUGAAGAGUCCAAUGACGACAGCUCGGACGACAACUUCUGCAAGGACGAGGACUUCAGCACCAGCUCAGUGUGGCGCAGCUACGCCACCCGAAGGCAGACCCGGGGCCAGAAGGAAAAUGGACUGUCUGAGAUGGCUUCCAAGGACCCCCGCCCCCCAGACCUGGGGCCCCCACAUACUCCUAUGCUUCCUGCAAUCCCUGUAGGAGGCUGCAAUCCCCCUUCCUCUGAAGAGACACCCAAGAACAAAGUGGCCUCCUGGCUGAGCUGCAAUAGUGUCAGCGAAGGUGGCUUUGCUGACUCUGACAGCCGCUCAUCCUUCAAGACCAGUGAAGGUGGGGGAGGUCGGGGGGAAGCAGAGAAGGCCUCUACCUCAGGGUUGAGCAUUAAGGAUGAAGGGGAUAUCAAGCACUUGAAGAAAGAGGACCCUGAUGACCGAAACAAGAUGUCAAUAGGUAUUGAAAGCUCUCGGAAUUACGGCUACAACCCCUCUCCGGUGAAACCUGAAGGGCUUCGGCGCCCACCUAGUAAGACUAGCAUGCAUCAGAGCCGGCGGCUCAUGGCCUCUCUGCAGUCCAACCUCGAUGACGUGCUGACACUGUCCAGCAGCACAGAAAGUGAGGGGGAAAGUGGAGCCAGCAGAAAGCCCACUGCUGGUCAAACUUCAGCCACAGCAGUUGACAGCGAUGACAUCCAGACCAUCUCCUCUGGCUCUGAAGGCGAUGACUUUGAGGACAAGAAGAACAUGUCUGGUCCAAUGAAACGCCAAGUGGCAGUAAAAUCAACUCGAGGCUUUGCUCUUAAAUCAACCCAUGGGAUUGCUAUUAAAUCAACCAACAUGGCUUCUGUGGACAAGGGGGAGAGUGCACCUAUUCGUAAGAACACACGCCAGUUCUAUGACGGUGAAGAGUCCUGCUACAUCAUUGAUGCCAAGCUUGAAGGCAACCUAGGCCGCUACCUCAAUCACAGUUGCAGCCCCAACCUGUUUGUCCAGAAUGUCUUCGUGGAUACCCAUGAUCUUCGCUUCCCCUGGGUGGCCUUCUUUGCCAGCAAGAGAAUCCGGGCUGGAACAGAACUUACUUGGGACUACAACUAUGAGGUGGGCAGUGUGGAAGGCAAGGAGCUGCUGUGCUGCUGUGGGGCCAUUGAAUGCAGAGGGCGUCUUCUUUAGAAGAGAGCCUGCCUCACCUUCAUAACCCUCCAAGGCUCCUCUCCUCAGGAACUCAUUGGUGAACUCUGACCCCCAGCCUCUGGUCUAGCUACACCCCAGCUCCUAGUAAGACAGCAGUGGGGGUUCUGGAUCAGGAGAGCUCUUCCAAAGUGGUGCUAGCAGGAGAGUCCCUUCUUGACUUUCCCAGACCCUGGAGUGGGGAAGACUACCACUCGAACCCAGACCUGAGGCCCUCUCAUCCGUACUUGUCACGUGUUCAUGAUUCAAGUAGACGGUAUUCCUGCAACACGGUUUCUUGAAAGACUUUUAAUAAAGAGAUAAAUAUUGUGAAUUAA